GGAGGGGCGGGGCUACGGCGAAGGAGGGAAGCGGGGGACCAAGAUGGCGGCGGCCUGUGAGGCCGGGAGUGCAGGCAGCCUCCGCUGAAGCCGCGCCCCGGUUGGAGGGAGGGUUAAGGCCCGGGUGUCGCUGGCGCCUCCGAGGCCGCGCUGGCCAUGGAGAGCGGCGAGCUCAGCAGCAUGGAGACCAUGGAGACCCUGACGGAGCUGGGCGACGAGCUCACGCUGGGAGACAUCGAUGAGAUGCUACAGUUUGUCAGCAACCAGGUUGGAGAUUUUCCAGAACUGUUUUCUGAACAGUUAUGUAGCACCUUCCAGAGCAACAAUACCUGUAACAGUGGCGGAACACCUGAUUCCUCAUCACAGAGGUCCUAUAGCCAGGGACAGCUCCAGUCUUUCUCACCUAAUGCAGCUUCUCCACAGCUUCAGCCUAUCCAAGUGAAAGUGUCCCAGGCAGUGGCCACAACACCAGCUCCACAACGGACCGGGCCUCCUCUCCAACCUCGCCCCCAGGUUCAGCCUCAGCUCCAGCAACAAACGGUGAUGAUUACUCCAACUUUUAGCUCUUCUCCCCAGACACGCAUCAUUCAGCAGCCUGUAAUAUACCAGAAUGCAGCCACAAGUUUUCAAGUGCUUCAGCCACAGGUUCAAAGCCUGGUGACUUCCUCUCAAGUUCAGCCAGUCACCAUUCAGCAGCAAGUUCAAACUGUGCAAGCUCAGAGGGUAUUGACACAGGCAGCUAAUGGCACUAUCCAGACAUUGACACCAGCCACGGUCCAGGCAGUAGCUGCUCCUCAAGUCCAGCAAGUUCCAGUCCUUGUGCAGCCACAGAUAAUCAAGACAGAUUCUCUUGUCUUAACAACACUGAAAGCUGAUGGCAGUCCUGUAAUGACUGCUGUUCAGAAUCCAGCUCUCACAGCUCUGACCACGCCUCUUCAGACAACAGCUCUGCAGACUUUAGUUGGUGGCAAUGGAACCAUCUUGACUACAAUGCCUAUGAUGAUGGGAGGGCAAGAGAAGAUGCCUAUCAAACAUGUGCCUGGUGGUACCAAGCAGCCAGAGCCACCCAAGGAAGGAGAGAGGCGAACCACCCAUAAUAUAAUUGAAAAGCGAUAUCGAUCAUCUAUAAAUGACAAGAUCAUAGAACUGAAGGAUCUAGUAAUGGGAACAGAUGCCAAAAUGCACAAGUCUGGUGUACUGAGGAAGGCCAUUGAUUACAUUAAGUAUCUACAGCAGGUUAACCAUAAGCUGCGACAAGAAAACAUGGUCUUGAAGCUGGCUAACCAGAAAAACAAGCUUUUGAAGGGUUUUGACCUAAGCAGUCUGGUGGACAGUGAAGUGGAUCUGAAGAUGGAUGACUUCAACCAAAAUGCUCUGUUGAUGUCUCCUCCAGCCUCUGAUUCUGGUUCACCAGCUGGCUUUUCUCCUUACUCAAUUGACUCAGAGCCUGGAAGCCCAUUACUGGAUGAUGCAAAGGUUAAAGAUGAACCUGACUCUCCAGCUGUUGCUCUGGGAAUGGUUGAUCGUUCACGAAUGCUGCUUUGUGCUCUCACAUUCCUCUGCCUUUCCUUCAAUCCUCUAACUUCCUUGCUGGAGGCACAGAGAACAUCUGAUUCUGAUGGUCCCGUACGUCAUGGUUCUGCGAGGAGUACACUAUCAAUAGAUUCAGGUUCUGGUAGUUGGUUUGGCUGGAUGAUGCCCACUCUGAUCCUUUGGUUUGUGAAUGGCAUUAUUGUCUUGAGUGUAUUCAUAAAACUGUUAGUACAUGGAGAGCCAGUGACCCGGCUUCACUCCCGCUCCUCUGUGACCUUCUGGCGUCAUCGGAAGCAAGCAGACCUGGAUUUAGCCAAAGGAGAUUUUGCUGCUGCGGCAUUAAAUUUAGAAACGUGCCUCUCCGCCUUGGGUCGAGCACUUCCCACUUCUCGUUUAGACCUGGCCUGCAGUCUGUCCUGGAAUGUUAUCCGAUACAGUCUUCAAAAGUUAGGACUGGUGCGUUGGUUGCUUAAAAGGACAUCACGGCAGAGACGCACAACAGAGGCUCCUGUGGGUUUUGAGGAUGAAGCCAAAACUAGUGCACGGGAUGCAGCUUUAGCUUACCAUAAGCUCCAUCAGCUCCAUAUCACAGGUAAGCUCCCAUCCAGUUCAGCAUACUCGGGAUUGCACAUGGCUUUGUGUGCUGUGAAUCUGGCUGAAUGUGCAGAAGAGAAGAUCCCACCAAGCACUCUAGCAGAGAUUCACUUGACGGCAGCAGUUGGCUUGAAGACUCGUUGCGGUGGUAAACUGGGCUUCCUGGCAAGUUAUUUCUUAAGUCAAGCUCAGAGUGUAUGUAGUUCUGAGCGCAGUGCCAUCCCUGAUUCUUUGCGCUGGUUGUGUCACCCAUUGGGACAAAAGUUUUUUGUGGAGCGGAGCUGGACAGUGAAAGCUGCUGCUAAGGAGAGUUUGUAUUGUACUCAGAGGAAUCCAGCUGAUCCCAUUGCACAAGUGCAUCAAGCUUUCUGUGAAAAUCUGCUAGAGAAAGCACUUGAGUCCCUUGUGAUUCCAAAGGGGACUGUCGGCCAUGAUGAUGAAGAGCCCUGUGAAUUCUCAAAUGCUUUGGAAUAUCUGAAGUUACUUAAUUCUUUUGUGGACUCUUUGGGAAAUGGAACCCCACCCUUCACUGGAGGUUCUGUGUUAAGGUCAGCCUUAGGUCCUGAUGUUGUCUGCAGGUGGUGGUCAUCAGCAAUCACAAUGACAAUCAGCUGGUUGAGGGGUGAUGAUGCUGCUGUGAGAUCCCAGUUUACCAAUGUGGAGCGAAUUCCUAAAUGUUUGGAGAUGAUGGAGAAUGGCCUUGUGAAAGCUGUCUUCCAUGUCUCCAAAGCCAUGAAUGCUUCCUUGUCGAGCAAGGCAGAUGGGCAGCAGAGCUCUUUUGGCCACUGUGAGAGAGCCAGUACUCACCUUUGGAACAGCCUCAACAUGAGCAGUGGAGUUUCAAGUACAGGUCUUAACAAUAUGAUUCAGCUGCUGACUUGUGACCUGUUGCUGUCGCUCCGCACUACUCUGUGGCAGAAACAAACAAAUUCCAGCCAAGCAGUAGGAGAGACCUACCAUGCUUCUGCUUCUGAACUGACAGGAUUCCAGCGCGACCUUGGCAGCCUGCGCAAGCUGGCUCAUAGUUUCAGACCUGCUUAUCGUAAGGUGUUCUUACAUGAAGCAACUGUGCGUUUAAUGGCAGGAGCCAGCCCUACACGAACUCAUCAGCUUCUGGAGCAUAGUCUCAGGCGCAGAACUCCCCAGAGCAUCAAGCAAGGUGAGCUGGAUGCUCUUCCUGGGCAGAGAGAACGAGCUACAGCCAUUCUUUUAGCUUGCCGCCAUCUCCCACUCUCGUUUCUGUCCUCUCCUGGACAGAGAGCUGUCCUCCUGGCAGAAGCUGCCCGCACACUGGAGAAAGUGGGAGACAAGCGUUCCUGCAAUGACUGUCAGCAGAUGAUUGUGAAAUUGAGUGGGGGCACAGCUAUUGCCGCGUCCUAACCCUGGAAGACUUAAGGGCCUCAUCACCCAGUGAACUGGAUUCUUGCCUCAUUUCUACUUCCUUCCUCCCUCUUUUGCACACUAUUCCAGUCUAGGACUGUGAAAGCUAUGUUUUGCUAGUCAGGUGGGGGCUUGGUGUAAACCAGCUUUUCUGGCUAGUGAUUUGCUUCUUCUAGGCAAAAAAGAUUUCUCACACACAGGAGCAAAGGUGAUACUAUUUUCACUGGCAAACAGCCUGUGAGAACUUGGAAGACAAAACCCAUUUGAGAAGAUAACGGCUUUGGAAAACUGGCUUUUGACCCUUUUAAAGACAGAUGUAACAAGAGUAUGUUUUUAGAAUGGGAGCUACUGGGGAGCAAGAGGGGUGCCUUGAACCCUUUUAUUAACAUCUGCAUUGGCUCUUGAUCAGGUGCCAUGUGCUAAGGGCAGGCCCAUGGAAGAUACGGCUGUAUUUAAUCUUGGUCCUUAGUGGGCUGCAUUUUUUAAACUUAAGCCUUUGUAUAGAUACUGCAUUCUCUGAGAGCCUUGGAAGGCUUGGUCAGCUCUCUUGAGGUGCAUCACAGUUUUUAUGCCUUUUGUGUUUUUAUAGUAAUGUUUUGCAGGUUUUGGGGACAACAAUUAAGAUUUUCUUCCCUUUUCCAUUUCCUGUCUUUCAACUCCCUCUUUCAUUCCUGUCAUCUUACUGUAUUGCCCUCAAUUUAGUGGUUUAGACUUUUAUCUGUGAUUUGUCUGAUGGAGAACAAAGAAAGAAGAAUCAGAGGCUAAUUGCUAAACUAGGAAUCAGAGGCUAAUUGUUAAACUAGGUGUGACUUAAAGUAUCCAAUUCAAAACUGUGUAAAGAGAAGCUACAUCUCUUCCUUUCCAGUGCUAUUUUGCUGCUAAAAUCUCUCUUCCAAAAACAGCUGUUUUCUUCAUUUUGUUUUUUAAAUUACAUUAAUUAAUUGGAUUAAACAGUGGCUUUGAUUUUUGGCAAGAAAACAGCAUUCCCUUAUAAUCUGGGAACUUUUUGUAACUAUGUGUCUGUUCGAAGAACACCUUUGAAUCACAUGGUUAAAGUCAUAAUCUUGAAGAAAAAGUCGCUUUUCUGGCAUAUUUGACUUCUGUAGUAGUAAUUUCACCUAUCCAAGAACAUUUAGUAUAUCACUCAACCAGAGAAAUGAUAGCUUUCAAAGUAAAUCAUGAUAGCUUCCUUCCCAAGAUUCUUUGAGGAAGCUGUGACAUUAAAAACAAAGAUAGCCUCAUCCUUGGUCAAAGCAGAUUGGUUUUGACUUAUUCUUCUUCUAGCAGAACAGGUUCUAGGAAGCUUCUUUUCAACAGGAGUGGCUCUAGGUUUGAACAGAUGAUACGAGAGGCACGGCAAGAAGAGAAAAGAUAGCAGCAGAAGUAGAAAACAAAACAAAAAAAAGGUUUGAAAGGCUUGGACCUCCCUGAAACACAGAAUAAAUAAAAAAAAUCAAAGCACCAAAUAAGGGAAUGCAGUGGUGCUUGUUUCUCUGGUGAAGUCACACUACUGUACAUUGUCCUUGAAUCAGUUCUGUCUGCCAUUGGCCAUGUUUAAUUGCACAACUGGGCAUUGAUAUAGGACUGGGGCUAUUGAUUUAAAAGACAAUAAUAUUUAUCUCUAUGUCUCCUGUUGACAGCUUUAUGGGCAGGUGAAAACCUGUAUAUCUGAAAAUACAUGCAAACCAGGUGCCUUAUCACACAAGAGCAUGAAUCCACUUAAAAUCCGGUUUCUCCCUCCUGCAGAAUUCUGGGGUUUGUAGUUUGGUGAGACCCAGGGCCUGUCUGGCUGAGUUGUUUAAAGCCCCCUCCCUAAAUUGGAUCCAAGCUCUAAUGUGAUGAGGUCCCAGGAAAAAGGGAUGUUUCAAAUCUUGAAACCAUUAUAUAACAUCCAACAUGUGCACAUCUUAUUGAUGUCACAUGUUGAAACUUCACCCACAGAGUGAUCUAGAAAGAAAGUUUUGUCUAUAAUUUUGAAGUACUUUUUCAAUCCUCAGUUCCUAGUAAAAGGAUCCAUGAAUCUAAUAAAAGGUGUAUUUUAACGAAAGUUUUCCCCCUCCCACCCCCCAGAAGAUGUGAGCGAGUAUGUUCCAAAAGUUCUGUUUGUGUGUACUGUCUCAUUUUGAUUCUGUAGCACAAGUUUGCAACUCAGGUGCAUUUCAGGAGUUAUUUAUCACAGACCCUUGUUUAAGUGUGCAGGUUGAAGUUUGUGUACCACCCUUUUCUCAAAGAGGACUUCACACUGAUGGUAGUAACAAAACAGGAAGGAUAAGAAACUACCUCCAUGAUGAAACUGGUAGUACCAAGGUCUAUUCCCAGGUAUGCUGUGCCACCAAUCAGGUGGAGUGGCAAAAUUAAAAAGUUGUCUGUGUGAAUUGUGGAUGUCAGGUGAAUUGAUUGAGCAUGCCUAACACUUCAAACCCUUCUAUUUGGAAAGUUUAAACUAAUCUUAGAGAAUUAAUUACUUUCUAGAUAGGUUUCCUGAUUACCUAAUAUACAGUGUGUUCUUUGGUUCCAGAAGGGUUUAGUUCUGGGACUUUGCAUAGAUACAAAAAUAUCCGGAUGACCACGUCCAAUAUUAUACAAUGCUGGCAAUGUGAGCUGUGUGUCUGCAUUAAUGGCAUCACGGUUUAAUAUGUGGCAUGAUGAUCCAUGGUGGGCUGAAUUUGUGGAUCCAGUGGGCCCUUGCUGCACCAGAAUGCACCUAAUUGACUUUCUAGAUCACUAGACAUCUCACAGUUGCAUAGAUUUGAAAUAAAGGAAGCCAUUUACACAGUUAAGAGCAAAUGCUUUAGUUGAGAACAGGCAUUGCAAUUAAAGGAUAAAAGUUCCGUGUUAGUGUAUUGAUGGAAACUAAGAACGGGACUUGAUGAAUUAUAUUUAGAUAAAUUGAAACAUCUGCAUAGAUGGGAUCUUCACAAGGGAACAACAUUCAAUUUUCUUGUACUUCAGGCGUUUUUAUACAUCACAUUUAUUUAUGGGUUUAUUAUCUCCCAGUCUAUCCCUACAUUAUUUCUGUGUAUAUAAUGUAACUUUUGGUUUUUUUUUAUAUAUAUAUAUGAUGUGAAAAGUGUCUAUCCUAGUAAAAUAAGGCAUAGGGAUGCUUUUCUGUAAGAAGAUGUAGCUGGUGAUGAUGUGAGGGGACCCCAGUUCUGACCCUCUCAUGGGGACCAUGGUGUGAUUUUGUCAAAUAAAGAUGAAUUUACUCAAAA